AUGGAGCCGGAGUAUGUGGUCGAAGUGGUGGGGCAUGCUCGAGAGCGCACCCACGUGAAGUACUGCAUCGUUACGACAGCUGCGGACGGCCGGCAAUGGCAGGUCUACCGACGCUUCCGUGACCUCUUCGAGCUGCACAACAUCUUGCGCCCAAAGCUUGGCGACUCCCGAGCUGCCUUGCCCACCAGGCGUGCGUACGGCUUCGGGAAGCUGCUGUUCGGCCAGGAGCAAGACACAGAUUUCAUUCUGGAACGACAGCACGAGCUCCAGACCUACUUGAAUACAACACUGGCCGCGGAUGCCUCCUUGUCUUCGGGUUCCUCCGGUUUGCGGCUCUUUCUGGGCCUGCCAGUGCUUCCUGAGUCCUUGAGCCUGGAGCCCGAGCUGAGCGAGCUCAGCUUGCCCGCCGACGUAGGGAAGUGGAAGACGCGGAGCAAGUUGGACUUCAGGCUUCUGCGGACCCUCUUCAGUGCGAGCUUGUCGAAAGAGCGCAAGGCGCACCUUGCGGAUGUGCCCCUGUCCGUUGCGGAGCUGCAUGACGUGGCAGAGACCAUCUCAGAGCUGGCCGGAACAGCGACAACGUGCAUCUUCCGCGCAGCCUCCCGUGCUGUUGCCGAGAGCGUGCGCCGCUCUCUCCCGGGCAUGCUGGUCGGCACCGCGCGGAUCUACGUCUUGAGUUCUUGGCAGGGACGCCCGCCUGCCCUCUCCCUGUUCCACCUCCGGACGCGAAGCUUCGAAGACCUCCCGGCAAACUUGUCCCCAUACUCCGCCGUAGCCUCGAGAGGCGGGGACCUGUUCGUGCUCACGGCCGAGGACCAUGCCGGCAACAGCGGUACGGCUUGGUCCAAGCCGCGGUUCCUGCGCUUCGAUGUGAUGCGCCGGCAAUGGCACUCCCUUCCCCCGCGCCCGGGUGAGGACACGACGCGUUUUGCCUUAGCAGCGGCAGGUUCGGCAGUCUAUGCUGUGGGGGGCAUGGGGCGCCGGGGCGUCGUGGGCUCGGCCCACCGCUUUGAUGUGGGCACAGGCGCCUGGCAGACGCUUCCGCCGAUGAACUGCCCCCGCUGCGACGUCGCUACUGCUGUUCGUGCGGGCGAGCUGUUUGUGAUCGGCGGCAGCGAGCGAACUGGCGAGGCGAGCUCCCAGGUGGAGAGCUUCCACAUCGGAGCUGGCCGAUGGGGCUCCGGACCACAGUUGCUUGGACCCCGGCACUCGGCCACUGCAACAUCCCUGGGCGGGGACGUCUUCGUCUUUGGCGGAGGGGCAGUGGCCAGGGACCACCUGCUGGCCGAUGCCGUGUCGCCCCCCGCGGCGGAGCGCCUCACCGCAGCCGGCUGGCAGGAGCUGGCGGCCCCGGCCUUGCGCCGGCAUGGCUGCGGCGCCGCCGCUGCCGCCGGGCAGGUGCUUGUCUUUGGAGGCUACGCCUCGGACUUUGCCGAAAUUGACCGGUGGGAUUCCGAAGCCUCGCAGUGGGAAACAAUCACUUUGCCAGCCCGACUCAGGGGGGUCUGUGCCGCUGCGGCAGCUGUCUCCUAG